AUGGAGCCGGGGCUGUGGUUCCUCUUCGGGCUCACAGUGACCUCCGCCGCAGGACUGGUGCCUCGCCCCCAGCCUGGGGACGCUGGCAGGAGCGGCAUGCCCGGGCCCCCCACUGCAGCCAGAUCUGAGGGGGACAUCGAGGAGAUUGUGGCCACUACUGCAGUGCAGGGUUUGAGUCCCAGACGCCCUGGGCAGGAGCAAAAACCAGGUCGGUUUGGGGAGCAGGCAUCCAAGGGGAGUCCUGUGCACCGCCGCGUGAGGCGCUGUACGUGCUUCACCUACAAGGACAAGGAGUGUGUCUACUACUGCCACCUGGACAUCAUCUGGAUCAACACUCCUGAACGGACCGUGCCCUAUGGACUGUCCAACUACAGAGGAAGCUUCCGGGGAAGGAGGUCCACAGGGCCAUUCCCGCAGAGCCUGCAGCCCUCUGAGUGGAGCCCGCGCUGCUCUUGUGUGCAGAGCCAGGACAGCGCCUGCUUGCACUUCUGCGCCCGCACGCUGGCUGUCAGCAGGAACUCAAGAGCGGCCACAAAGCCUGACAAAGAAGAGCCGGGACAGGCUGAAGUCAAGGACGGACAAAGUGAGCGGGCCUUAGGCCUCCAGCAUCAAAUGCUUCCCCGGGCAGGGCUCCUUGUUCAGCCUGUGGCUCUGCAGUUUUAGGAGCCCCCGCCAAAGCAGGCCCGCAGCACCCCGUUUUGGGGGCCCUCAGUCCCUGCUCCUGCCCGCUUCACAUUCCCACCUCUUGGAGGUCAAGGAAGGCAUUUUGCCCCUGGGGAGAAAAACCCAUCCAGAGGGUCCUCACUAAACAAUACCGCCCUACCCCAAGAAAGCCCCUGUGCAAAGGACCCGGUUUCUCUAAUGGGUAAAAUGAUCCCAGAUGUGCCCCAGAGCCUGACGCCCGCGGCUCGGGUUUCAUGCAGGAAAUUGUUUUUGGAGCGGUAGGGCACGUUGGAAAGCCACUUGCUGGCUUUCGCCUUCUCCUGGAGGAGAGGUGGGCUCCGAGCUGGCUUUGCACACGUGAACACGCAUCCCCUUGUACCCGACGCAGCGGGGGGCGGGAGUGUGCAACACUCACGU